UCUGGAGCUGCAGCGCGAGUACCAGGAAAUUAGCAGAGUGGGCAGGGGGCCUGCCUGCUGUCCCGUCUGCCCGCGCUGUGAACGCCCCGCGGUGGCAGCGCGACACGCCCGCUGGGGACAGGUUUGUGGCUGGAUUCCUACUCGGAUUCACUAUUCCAGACCAAAAUUGAAAAAAUGGUUGACCUCACUGAGCUAAUGGAAAAUGAAGUAUUCAUGGCCUUUGCUUCCUAUACAACGAUUAUUCUUUCAAAAAUGAUGUUUAUGAGUACUGCAACUGCAUUCUUUAGAUUGACAAGAAAGGUUUUUGCCAACCCAGAAGACUGUGCAGGCUUUGGCAAAGGAGAAAAUGCCAAGAAAUAUCUUCGGACAGAUGACAAAGUGGAACGUGUGCGAAGAGCUCACCUGAAUGACCUUGAAAACAUUGUGCCAUUUCUUGGCAUUGGCCUUCUGUAUUCCUUGAGUGGUCCAGAUCUCUCUACAGCCAUCCUGCACUUCAGACUCUUUGUUGGAGCACGGAUCUACCACACAGUCGCGUAUUUGACACCCCUUCCCCAGCCAAAUCGUGCUUUGGCUUUCUUUCUUGGCUAUGGAGUUACUUUUUCAAUGGCUUACAGGUUGCUAAAGAGUAGAUUGUACCUGUAAGGAGAAUCCUACAACUCAUCAUCCAGUUAUUUUCUAAGAAUUCUGUACUUCCAAUUUAUGAUGUUUUUUUUUUUUUUUUAGAUUUUAAGUGGGAGGGGAGCAGAGAAAUUUAGAUGGGGCAGACAGCCUGAAUAUUAACAUGACCAAUAUCCUUUAUUCUUAUGCUUGUACUGAAAUUUUAACACAAUUCUUAAGUCUUUUGAUUUCCUAUUUAAGUGCCUUGUGAUAAAUUCAGAUUAUAAUUUGUAACAUUCAUUCAACAUUUAAUAUUUUAAAUCUAUAAAAAGGGUGAGUGUAUGUAUGAUACCCCUGAAUUGCAAUAUUGCUGAAACAGACAUACGAAAUAAAGAAUUUGAAGAAUA